AUGCACAUUGGGGGAUGCAACAUUUGUGGUAGGGCCCAUGAGUCAGGCAUGUGCAUAGUCCAAGACGAUGUAUCCCAAGAAGUCAACGAUAUGACCAAUCCAGACCAUCAAGGGUUCCAUCAAGGAGGACCUCCAGGACACAAUCUGGGGGGGAAUUUCUCUCAAGGCCAAGGUUGGAGAUCCCACCAUGGGAAUAACUUCAACAUAAAUCAAGGAGUUUCAUCUAAUCGGCCUCCCAAUCAAGGGCCUGAUUUAUAUGACAAAACCACUAAGCUAGAAGACACUUUGCAUCAGUUUAUGUAUGUUUCUCUGUCAAAUCACAAGAGCAUUGAGUUUGCUAUCAAGAAUUUAGAGGUACUAGUGGGCCAAUUAGCGAAGCAAUUGGCUGAAACAUCCACAAACAGUUUUGCGGCCAACACGGAGAAGAAUCCCAAGGAGAUUGCAUCAGAGUGCAAGGUAAUUUUCACUAGGAGACAGAGGAGGAAGAAUGCCGAGAAAGAAAAGAGAGCUGAGGGAUUAUUGGAGGAUGUGAGUAAUGAGGAAGGAGAGAAUAAUAAGAGAGAAGAGGGUGAUGAAGAGAAAGAAGAGAGCAAGGAGAGGGGUGAAAAGGUCUUACCCACUAAGACCAAGAGUCAAUUAGCAAGGGAGGCUAGGAGGGAGACACCCGCAGCCCCAGUAAAGGACACCCCUUAUCCUUUGGUGCCAUCAAAGAAAGAGAGGGAGCACUACUUUGCUCGCUUCAUCGGCAUAUUCAAGAAGCUGGAAAUCACCAUACCCUUCGGAGAGGCCUUACAGCAAAUGCCCAUGUAUACAAAAUUUCUAAAGGACCUGCUUACAAAGAAAGGGAAAUAUAUCAAUAAUGAGAGCAUCAUGGUGGAAGGAAAUUGUAGUGCUGUGAUCCAGAGAAUUCUACCACAGAAGUUCAAAGACCUAGAGAGUGUAACCAUCCCAUGUUCUAUUGGGGAGGUGUCAGUGGGUAAAGCUCUCCUUGAUCUGGGGCAAGCAUUAAUCUAA